CUCUCUCUCUCUCUCUCUCUACAGCAUUUACAUGUAUCGGCGGUUGGCGGUGGGGAAGCUGACGGUCGGAGAAUUGACCAAAUCCUGCUGGGUUUGAAUCGGGGAAUCUCGAAAAAAUGCCGAUUAGCAGAUACGAGAUUAGGAACGAGUAUACUUUAGCCGAUCCGGAGCUGUACCGGUCCGCUGAUAAGGAUGAUCCGGAGGCGCUGCUCGAAGGCGUCGCCAUCGCCGGGUUGGUUGGAGUUCUACGCCAGCUGGGUGACCUCGCCGAGUUUGCGGCCGAGAUUUUUCAUAACUUGCACGAAGAUGUUAUAGCGACUGCCGCAAGAGGUCAUGGUUUAAUGAGUCGAGUUCAGCAGCUCGAGACUGAGAUCCCUUCCAUCGAGAGAGCAUUUCUUUCCCAGACGGAUCAUUCAUCAUACUUCAAACGAGCUGGUAUUGAUUGGCAUCCCAAUAUACAAGUAGACCAGAAUAUAGUUACCAAGGGAGAUUUACCUCGAUUCAUAAGGGAUUCCUAUGAAGAAAGCAGGCCUCCUCCUCGCCUGUUUCUUCUUGACAAGUUUGAUGUUGGUGGUGCUGGAGCGUGUCUAAAGCGUUACACUGAUCCUUCAUUCUUUAAAGUAGAAACUUCUGGAAUGACUAAAGCAGAUGUCUCUAGGGAAAAGAAGAUCCGCAAACCAAAGCUUUUCAUGGAGGAGCGUAUCGAGACUGUGGCUACCAACACGACUACUCACCGUGCUAAACUAAAAAGAAAGCUGAACGGCUUCCCGUUCUGCACGAGAACUGAACCGAGUUAUAUGGAGAAAUUACUGAACUAUCCUUCCCUAGAUAAUAAUAAUAAUGAAUAUGCGUUGCCUACGUUUGAUCAUCAUCACGAGUCUGGUCUUGAAAGAGUUGAAGUUCUCUCAGUGAGUCCUGACCAGGAGACUUUGGGCAGAAAAAGAAGUCCUCCUUCAUCUCCCGAUAGAGACGAAAUUAUGUUGAGUUCUUCUCUAUACAAAUCUGGUGAGAUGGCAAUAGAUGAUACAAUCUGUUGUGAGGUUCCUGAUAUGUAUCCUAAUAGUGCAAUGGGCAGCCGCUCGUCAACUCCUGAUCGGGUGUCUGGUGAAAAAGUUAUAGCCAUGGAUGGAGAAAGCAGCAGCUUAAAUGGUUAUCAGUCGGAAGAUAAUGAGGUGGAGUGUAACCGAACCAGCUCACAUAUAAAAAAUGAAUCUUUGAUUUCGUAUGAAAGCAGUGAAAAUCUUCAGAUAAGGUCGUGCGAUUCUCGAUCGACAGUAUCGGACGAAGCAAACGUCUCGUCGAGGAAAGAAAUGACCGUUUUGUCCUCUGAUUCUCCGAGUACCUCGUAUGAAAACGCACAACCUGGAAGAAUUUUGUCUGGAGGAUUUUUUUCUGUAGCGAGAGAAGGUACUUCAGACGGGCCUGCAUCUGGAAAAACGGACUCGAAACUGGAUAAUGAAGAGAAUAAGUCUAACUUGGGCAUGGAUUCACUUUGUUCGCCUUGUUUCUCCGAAUCUGACAUGCAGUCGGAAGAUGAUUCUCAAAGAUGCUCUGCUAGAGAACAUCAGGUGGAUGACCCGAAUGGUAAAAGCAUACAUUUUACGUCUACUGUUCCUUAUAUUCACCAUCAUACAGUAAAUAAUUCGGAUAGAAUUAUCAGGAAUAGUUUACCUGAAUGGGAUGGAUCUGAUCAAGAGGACCAUAAUUCAUUGGAAAAUGGUACUCUGAAUGAGACAACUUAUUUUACCAACGCAAUUCCUGGUGAAUCGAAUGAUGAUGUGUUUGAAAAGUUGCCAGAAGAAUUUCCACCCGAGCAUCCUGACAUUGUAUAUAAUGGAGAAAGUAUUGUGCCCAUGAUUUCAAUAGAGGAAAAUCCAGUUGAUGUAUUGGAUGAUAACGAGUGUUCAGGUAUUCCGACUGAAUCCCCGAAUCAAUUCCCAUGUUUCAUGGAGAAUUUCCUUACGAAGAAACUCGAGGAAGAAUCACCGAACAAUGCUCGUUUGUUAAAUGCUGAAGACAGUCGUUCUAAUAAUGCCUCAGUUGACAAUUGGGCUGUAUUUACGAAUUUAUUGUUUUCGGCUCAAGCAAACCCUUCUGAUAUUCCAGAUGCAGCCUCUGAUGUUAUUCAUAAAGAAGACAAAACAAUAAACGAGGCUCGUGUUCUUGAAGAUUCAGGCCCCGAUGACCUGAUUUCACCGAAUGAAGUUCAAGUUUGGUUGGAUGAGUACAAUUUAGGGGCAGAUAAACCAUCUGAUGCGGACAUGGCUUCUUCUGCGCCUGCACUUUUGCACGAUGUGAUAAACGUUGAUAUUUCUGCACAGGUAGGUACAGAUAAAUUGAUCGAACAUCAUAUUAAUAAUGGGGCAGUGGACCAAAUAAGAGCAGCUUUAUCUGAUUCUCAAAAGAUAUUACCCGACAAUAAUGAUAAUAGUAAAGACGAACCUGAAUCAGAAAUAUCAGCUGCUAUCCCUAAUUCACAUCGUGAUUGGGCCUUGGAUUUGGACUAUCCCGAUAUAACUCAUCUGCUUGAGGAGCAAAGCAUGCCUAAUGCUCCAUCUUUGCCUUCCAAUUAUGAAAAUGAAGAAAUCGGUUUUCUUCCCAGAGAACGACUCGAUCAAACGAGUCUAGAAGAGGUCCCAGUCGUGUUGCCUACAAAUAACCAGCAAACGCUCGAUCACGAUGAUCGAACAGAAGCUCGAUUAGUUUCCAUUUUGCCUCCAAAUAACACUUUCCUGGAUAAUACGAAUCAGAUAAAUCUGGCUGACUUGCCUCCAUUGCCCCCUCUCCCGCCUGUUCAGUGGAGGCUUGGGAAGCUCGGGGGAGAUUCCAUUAAGCACGAGCCAUUAUUCCCACUGUUAUUCUCUCGCUCGGUUAUUCCCAGUGAUGAUGACGGUUCUUUACACGAGCCUCGGAUGCAAAUUCAUGAUGAGUCCGGACAGGAAGAUGAGAAGGUUGAAGAAAAUUCUUGUGUGGGAGUCAAUUCUGCUUGUGAGAUGGUUGACUUUUUACCAAAGUGUGAAAAUAAGCAACCGGAGUUAGUUUUGCCGGCUUCAGGGGUUGACCACGAGUCGACAUCAACAGCGGAGGAAGUCAAUGCUGCUUGUGAGAAGGUUGACUUUUCACCGAAGAGUGAAAAUAAGCAGCCGGAGUUAGUUUUUCCGGCUUCAGGGGUUGGCCAUGAGUUGAUAUCAACAGCAGAGGAAGUCAAUGCUGCUUGUGAGAAGGUUGACUUUUCACCGGAGAGUGAAAAUAAGCAACCGGAGUUUGUUUUACCGGCUUCAGGGGUUGACCAUGAGUCGACAUCAACAGCGGAGGAAGUCAAUGCUGCUUGUGAGAAGGUUGACUUUUCACCGAUGAGUGAAAAUACGAAACAGGAGUUAGUCGAGCUGGAUUCAGUGGGUGAAUCCACAUCAGCAGACGAGGAAAAUGGAAUAGGAAAUGGGAGCCGAACAGAGGAACUGCCAACACGAGCCCUGAUUGAAGAUGUUUUUCGUGUGGAAGUCAACACAGUUCGUGAGACAGUUGACUUUUUACCAAAGAGUGAGAAUAAGCAACACGAGUUAGUCGUGCCGGAUUCAGGGGGUGAGUCCACGUCAGCAGACAAGGAAGACGUAAAUGAAAACAUUAUCCAAGCUGGGAAACUGCCACGUUGUGUGGAAGUCAACGCUGUUUGUGAGACGGUUGACCUCUCGCCAAAGAUUGAAACUGAGCCGCAGGAUUUUGUCAUGCUGGCUUCAGAGGGCGAGUCAUUGUCAGCAGCCAAGGAAAACGGAAUAGGAAAUGGGAACCGAGCAGAGGAACUGCCAACACGACCCCUGAUUGAAGAUGUUUUUUGUGCGGAAGUCAACACUGUUCAUGAGACAGUUGACCUUUUACCAAAUAGUGAGUCCACAUCAGCAGACAAGGAAGAUGUUAGUGAAAAUGAGAUACGAGCUGAGAAACUGCCAAUGUCCCUGAUUGAAGAAGGUUCUCGUGCGGAAGUCAACGUUGUUUGUGAGAUGGUUGACCUCUCGCCAAAGAUUGAAACUGAGUCCAUGUCAGCAGCCAUGGAAAACAGAAUAGGAAAUGGGAGCCGAGCAGAGGAACUGCCUACACGACCCCCGAUUGAAGAUGUUUUUCAUGCGGAAGUCAACACUGUUCGUGAGACAGUUGACAUUUUACCAAAUAGUGAGAAUAAGCAACAGGAAUUAGUCAUGUUGACUUCAAGGGGUGAGUCCACAUCAGCAGACAAGGAAAAUGUUAGUGAAAAUGAAAUACGAGCUGAGAAACUGCCAAUGUCCCUGAUUGAUGAAGGUUCUCGUGCGGAAGUCAAUGCUGUUAUUGAGACGGUUGACUUCUCACCAAAGAUCGAAGAAAAUAAGAUCGAAGAAUCCACAUCAGCAUCAAAGAACAAUGGAAUUGCAAAUGGGAGCCGAACGGUGAAGCUGCCAGUGGCCCGCAAUCCUGUUAUCGAUGAAUUUGUUGCCCUCGAUAAGAUCAAGCUAAGGAAAGUCACGGAACAAGUCAGGCCACAGUUACAGAAGGUCGAUGAAAGGAAUUCGUUUUUGGAGCAAAUAAGGACCAAGUCUUUCAACCUGAGACCUGCAUCGACUUCACGGCCGAGCAUUCGUGGUCCCAGCACGAAUCUUAGAGUUGCUGCAAUCGUGGAGAAAGCAAAUUCGAUUAGACAGGCCUUCGCUGAUAGUGAUGAAGAUGAUGAUAGUUGGAGUGACUCGUAGAAUGUUAUUACAGGGAGCAACAUUUUUUAGUGCUUCAGUUUAGAAAUAAUUUUCUGCUAAAAAAUGAAAGGAGAUGUGAUUUUUUAUUUCUCUAUAGUUCAAGAUUCAUUUUUUCUGCUUUUUGGUUCACUCACGAGUGGCCAAUCAUAGUGUUUAUGUUAAAAAGUUAAAGUACAUUUGACUGAAUGAAUGAACAGUGUUUAUACAUGUUCUUAUAUUCUGGGUAAAUUUUUAAAGGUUAUAUUUUGUAGCUGGCGGAACAGAUUUCAUGCGUGAAAGCAUAAAUUCAG